AAGUCAUGGAGAUUCAUUCACCGCCCUGUGCGCCUAGCAUAUGAUCCGUAUCUGCCCCCAGAUCUCACUCCGCAAAUCCCCGCAGCUUUCUUCCUGCCUCUGCCACCGGAGUUCUACACACUCCCGCCUUCUUCAUACUUCUCCACGAGUUUCCUGACUGCCAUCAUGGAAAGAAAUGUGAAUCCUUCGCAAGUUGCAGCUCCUGGAGGCGGAGGAGCAGCGUCCCCAGCAGAAGCAGUGGCCACACCUGUGACAGUUGCUGUUCCACCAGCAGUUGCCGAGCUCCAGCUCCCCCCUGGAUUCCGGUUCCAUCCCACUGACGAGGAGCUCAUGGUGCACUACCUCUCCAAAAAGGCCGCUCCUUCGCAUCCUUUCACUGCUCCAAUUCCCAUAAUUGCCGAGGUGGACUUGUACAAGUUUGAUCCCUGGGACCUCCCAAAGCAUGCAUUAUUCGGCGAGCGCGAGUGGUACUUCUUCAGCCCCCGCGAGCGUAAGUAUCCCAAUGGUGCUCGUCCCAACAGGGCGGCUGCAUCUGGCUACUGGAAGGCCACCGGCACGGACAAGCCGAUUUGUAGCUCCACUGACGGCCGCAAAGUUGGCGUGAAAAAGGCCCUCGUCUUCUACAAAGGCAGAGCGCCGAGGGGGGCGAAGACCAACUGGAUUAUGCACGAGUACCGUCUAGUCGACAAUCCCCACAAGCCUCGCCGGAAGGGCUCCAGACUGGACGACUGGGUGCUGUGCCGGAUCUACAGAAAGAAGACAAAGCUCCACAGAACGCCUUCCAAGGCGGACAACAAGCGGCCAGCUGCGGUUGCGAGUCAAACGGCAGCACCGCCAGAAGACGUGCUUGCCUCGUUGCCCGACCUUGACAGCUCAAGGAUCUCGACGCUGCCGAGGCUCGGCUCCUUGAACGACUCGUUCGUACAAGGAUUUCUGGCAGGGGACACCAUCCGGUCUGGCGGCAAUUCAAUUGGUCAAUACGAAUGGACAAACAAGGAGAGAAUACUCACCACUUCGGCCAUGAUGAAUCAGCUAGCGAGGGAGGAGCCGUCGCUGUUCUUGCAGCAAUACAUCAAUGGAGCCAAUGGAUUGCACCAGCAGCAGCAACAGCAGCAGCAGCACCACCACCACCAGCAGCAACAGCAGGAGCAAACAUUGCAGCUCCCGGUCACAAGAGCACAUAACUUCUUCCACGAGAAACAAGGUGCUCCUCAGCAGAACCUCAAUUCUCGUCACCAUCCUCGGCACCAGCAGCUCAAUACCCUGGAGGCUUUGUGGACUACACGAACUCGUUCCAGUUCUUCUCGACGUGAGGCAUUACGUAGCCCGACGACGCUACUGACGAUCGAGUAAAGUUAUUCUCAUAUAGCGGAGAGAGUUUCUUGCUGGUUGCAAGUCGUGGUGGCCUUGAAAUUUCUGUUCAAAGAUAUAGCAAGCAUACUGAAAAUCGAUGUCAAUAUCAGACUGUAACAACAAACAGAAUAUAUCGAUGGAUAGAUAGAUCGAUGGA